UUAAAAAUUCUUUGAUAAUUUUAAAUAUUCUUACAAGAAAAUAUUAUUGAUUGAUAAAUCAAAGACCACCAAAAAAAAAUUAUGAGUUUUUGUCGAUUAAAAACAAUAAUCGAUGAAGGCGAUACGGUUGUUGUUUAUCUAACACCCAGACAAAUGUAUCGUGUAAAAGUUGAUCGUGAUGAAGUAUUUCAAACACGUCUUGGUGCAUUACGUAUGGAAGAAUUAAUUGGUAAACCAUAUGGUUCAAGAAUUCAAUGUAAUAAAGGAAAUGUAUUGGUAUUGGAUAUGACACCUGAAAUUUGGACACUUUUACUACCGCAUCGAACACAAAUUCUUUAUGGUCCUGAUAUCGGUAUGAUAUUGAUGAAUCUGGAACUUCGAUCCGGAUCAUUUGUAAUUGAAGCUGGUACUGGUAGUGGAUCCUUGUCACAUAGUAUUGCCCGUACAAUUGCACCAAAUGGAAAAUUAUUUACAUUUGAUUUUCAUCAAAAAAGAGUUGAAAUUGCUCGUGAAGAAUUUCGUGAACAUCAAAUUGAUCAUAUUGUUUCGGUUCAACAGCGUGAUGUUUGUCGUGAUGGUUUCAAAUUUCCCGAACAAUCCGAAUCCGAAUCAUCAACAACAACGAUAAAAGUUGAUGCAGUAUUUUUGGAUCUACCAAAUCCAUGGGAAGCAAUCGAAUCAGCUCAAAAUGUUAUGAAAAAUGGUGCAAAAAUUUGUUGUUUUUCACCUUGUAUCGAACAAGUACAACGUUCAUGUCAAAUGUUAACUAAAUUGAAUUUUUCUGAUAUCGAAACAAUUGAAUGUGUUUUACGGCCAUAUGAAUUACGUAAAGCAUCAUAUGAAAAAUUAAAACUCAAUCAACAAUUCGAGACAUCGAAUGGUUUGUCUGCUGAUCCUCAAGAAUCGAUGAACGUCGAUGAUGGUGACCAUCAUCAUAACAGAGAUAAUGAUAAUACCAUCAAUGGUAUGAAUAAAAAGAUACGAACAUCCGAAGAUGAUAAUAAUGAUAACGAUAAUGAAGAAGAAGAAGAGAAAAAUUCCGAUUCAAAGAUUAUGGAAAAAGAUGUUAAUAAAAAUAAUGAUAAUAAUGGAACGACAAUUAAUUAUUGGGUUACCUAUAUGAAUACUGAAAUAACUGGCCAUAGUGGUUUUUUAACAUUUGCAACAAAUUUUAUCUGUUGAAAAAAAGUAAAAAUAAAAAAAAAGUUUUUAAAUUUUUUCAAAA